GCUGCCGCUGCUUGGCUAACACACACACAUAUGUCCUGCAAUCUGAGCUGCUUUGAGCCACAGUGUUUCAUCUGGUGCUAUCAGGGCUGAUGAGAGCCUCUUGUCUUUCUGGGUCUGCUGCAGCUGCUGUGUGCACGGAGAUACACAGCCAUGUCUUGCUGGUGAUGCUUUGUAAGCCCGCAACCACAUUUCUGUGAAUUUUAAACUUCCGUGCCUGUGUAAUGGUUUUAUCGUCAUGAUAUCCACAUGGAUAGUGAUUGCCGUAGUGGUGGCAUUUGUGAAUGUAGAGAGGAAUGAGGCUGACAUGCAGCCAUGUGCAACGGUCCAGACGUCCAGCUCGGUGGUGCUUAUGGGGUCACCUGUCACGGCAAUCUGUGUCGUCAGAGAGGACUGCCCUCUAGUCAAUGGACAAGCUGUUCGUAUAGAGUGGCGCCUUAACAAUCGCUUUAUUCCUAGCAGCUCUGCUUCCAAUGAGAGCGCCUUGGUUUCUGAGGCUGUUAUAUCAAGCUUCAAUCACACCAGGGCAUCCCUCACCUGCUGCAUCCAGUCCUCUCCCACUCAGGUUGUUGCAGGAGUGGAGAUCCAAGCCGGAUAUCCACCAGAAGCACCACGGAAUCUCAGCUGUCAGACAAACCUCACCACCUCUAACACCCUGACCUGUAGCUGGGACUCAGGACAACAGGAGACCCACCUUCCCACAAAGUACACCCUCCACACUGAGAUAUGGGAUACACACGAGAACCAAACUUAUAAAUUGCCACCAGGAGUUCAGCAUUACACCAUCCCACGCUCUGGUUUCGUUCUAUUCUCUGAAAUGAAAAUAUAUGUGAAGGCUGAGAAUGACCUCGGAGAGGCAACUUCAGCACCAAUCAUUCUGGAACCAAUUAGUGCAGCUAAGUUUGACCCACCCAAGAUUCUGAACAUCCAAGUGGUGCCUAAAAGGUAUGGCUGCCUGAGGCUGAGCUGGAGCUUAUCCCAGCACCAGAGUUGGAUGCGUGAGUACCGUCUGAACCUGGAGGUCCGUCUUCGGACUAUUGACAGCAGCCAGUGGAGGGAACCAACAGUAUUGGUGAGCCGCGUUAGACCAUCGAGACAUGUCGACCAGUGUCAUCUCCUUCAUGGGACCCAGUAUUUUGUCCAGAUACGAGUCAGAUACCAGCAGAGCCCCUGGAGUGAAUGGAGCAGCAGUGAGUCUGGAGUCACCUUGGAGAGCGCUCCCACUGGCCGCCUAGACUCAUGGAUGAAAGUAUCGGGGGACCAUAUGCCCAAACAACUCAACAUACACUUGUUUUGGAAGCCAUCAAAACAAUUCCGUGCCAACGGCCAAAAUGUGUCAUAUAUCGUCUCUGUGCAAAAAGUGCCAGGUGAAAAAGGAAAGGUGUGCUCUACAAGGGAGAAUUACUGCACCUUUCAGCUUCCUGGGAGAAUGAAGAAAGUGUACCUGAGCGCUGUAAAUGCAGCAGGGAAAUCCUCCCCCACUGAAGUUCGGAUAUGCCAACCUACAACUCGUGCUGUGAUAUUAAACGUCACAGCUGUUCCUCAGGAUGAGAGAUCACUAAUGGUCCAGUGGAGAAGUAAAGUCAUUUCUAAUCUUGUUGAUUAUGUGGUGGAAUGGAAGCCUUUGUUGAAGCCAGAGCUCUCUCACAUUCAGUAUGAAAUUGCCAACAAGAACCAGUCUGGCCUUGUUAUUACAGGCAGCUUUGAGCCCUACAAGCCCUACGAGAUCUCUGUAUAUCCUAGGUUUAAGGAUGGGAUAGGCCUUCCUCAGACUGUUAAUGCCUACUUGAGACAAGACGCUCCAGCCAUGGUUCCAAAGAUACAAAUCAAAAAGACCUGGAAAUCACAUAUUGAGCUUACUUGGGAUGAAAUACCAUUAGACCAGAGGAAUGGAAUUAUCCUGAACUACAAAAUAUUCUACUGGGAUGAGAAGGGACCCAUUAAGAUCGUGCAUGUUGAUCCAGAAGAGAGAAAGGUGAUCCUUAAACAUCUCAGCACUGCGUCUGUCUAUGAAGCUUUCAUGAUGGUUAGCACUGCUGGUGGGAGCAAGAAUGGCUCAAUAACUCAUUUUGAAAUUGACCCUUUUGAUGCAGUUACUGGUGUGAUGAUUGCAAUUGCAACUGGUGUUGGGCUGUCAUUGUUGAUCAUUUUCACAGUCCUGACUUGUUUUUCCAAACACAAAAGGUUAAAGGGGCGUUUUUGGCCAGUGGUUCCAGACCCAGCUAACAGCAGCAUUAAAAGAUGGACAUCAGAAUCAACACAGGAUACAUGUCUUUCCUGUGACAAUGAGGAUCCAAUGUACUUGUCCCAUCUCAGCUUCCUGGACCUCCCUAUGAAGCUAAGCAAAGAAGAAGAUGAUCUUUGGUUAAACAGUGCAGAGGACACCAGUGACUUGGGAGAGUCCAUUUGUGGUUCACCAUUCAUCCCAGGAUACUCUGGUUCAAACAGCGGCUCUGUCCCCUAUGCUACCGUGAUAUUCUCUAGUCCAUGCAACAGUCCACCCCCCAAAGAGCCUCAUGUCUACCUGCGCUCUGAAUCCACACAACCCCUCUUGGAGACAGAAGAAUCCUUCACUCCAAAGUGCUAUCAGAAUAUGGGGUCCGAUGAGAUGCCGAGGGAGCAGUGUUUUUUUGGGCCAUGCCAUGAUUGUGUACCCAAAGUUGGGGCAGAUCCAGUCAUUGUUUGGGAUGAAUUUCCUUUUCUACGAGCAUUAGCAAUGAAUGAUACUCAAAAUGACUAAAAGUACUUCACUCAUUUUGUAAGAUGUUUAUGUAUUUCUGAGUUUGUUUAUGGUAACCCGGCACAGUAUACAGCUGUUAAUGCAAGCUAUAAAUAACGCUAAAAUCAUGUUGAAAAUUAAUGAUUACGAUGGCAAUGCUUUGUCUGUACUUCACUUUGUACAUACAUCACAUCUUUAGAAAAUAAACUUUUUUGCAAGAAUAUAUCUAUAUAUUGUUGAAAUCAUGUCACUGUGGGUUAUAUGUGCAUACAUUUUAACAUACUCAAACAUUUUAAUCUAAAAAGAUAAAACCUAUAAAGGCAGAAAAGCAUUGUUUAACCAUUAAAUCAUUCACAGGUUAAAUCUGAGGUCAGUGAGACACUUCUGUUGUUUAGAUGAGAGACUUAUGCUACACUUUAAACUGAAUAGAAAUGUCACUGUAACCUCAACUGGUUUAUAUAUCCGCUUAGUUGUAUGAAAUUCAGGAAAUUAAUAAUGAAAUUAGAGGCUGGUAUAUUCUCUUAUAUAUGUGUAUAUGUAUACUGUAAUACAUAAUGCUAGCAUUGUGAUUCACUGACUGAUUGCUUGAGUUGUUUAAAUAGCAACCCCAACUGCAAACUGUGUUGUCUCCAGUUUAUAUACACUGCUAAAGUAAAUAAAGAGAACACUUAACAUAACAAAAAUUCAAACAAAUUUCUGGGAUCUUAAUCUGUCCAGUUAGGAACUGUUAAGUGAUUAUGAAUCCCUCCUCUGUGGAUUAAAAAUGUUGGUUUUCACUGUCCAUUCUUACAUCAUUUUGUUCUCAAUGAAUGCAUAGUGUAUAUCAAUGAUUGAUGAAUUCCCUUAAUUUUUUUUAGCAGUGUAGCCAUAUAGAGUUUAUGGUCCAGUCCAACCAAAAGCCCCUAAUGUCAAAAACAUGAUGUAUCACCGUGGAUGUAAUGAUUUACUUUUAAAACAAAAGACUACAAUUCUACUCUUUACUGUUUUGUUGUUGUUGUUGUUGUUGUUUUCAAUAAAGAAAUCAUUAAAAAAUCAA